AUGAAUCAAGAUUUGGAGACAUCACCUUUGCUGAACCACUCUCGAACUGGCGAGGUGGUCGAGGAUAUUAAUCCUGCUGCAGCUCAGCAAAAUGAGGGACAAAAAGGGAAUAGGAUCAAAUGGAUUGUUAUCAUUGUUCUUCUCUCUAUCCUCACAAGCUUUAUCGCUUAUGGUACAUACUUUUUCAACCGUUUGCCCUCCCAAGAUGUGAUUGAAGAGAGCGUUAUUAAGGUGUCAAACUGGCAGAUUGAAAAGAUUCACAUAGAUGGUUGGAGAAGAGGUAAUCAUUUAGACACCGAAGGUGGUGAUGCAUUGCAGCUAUCUGUCGUGGCAAGAUACUGGCCCGACUAUGAUAGAUGGAUCCACGAUAACUCAACAGAGAUGACAUUGCGUGACAAAUCUUUUUACAAAUCGUUAAGUGAAAAAUUAGUGAGAACGGUUUGUUUGACCAUCAAUAAUGCUACCACAUAUGACGGCCUACAGAUAAUCAAUAAUACAGUGGGAACUUUGCAAGUAAAGAAUGAAUUUUGCUUAGAUCUACGCAAUAACGUUACCACUCCCCUAAAUUUGACAAUAUUAAUCGAACCGGAAAUGAAUAAUAUCAUUCGUGUUUUGAAAAAGCUAUGGCGUCAUGAAUACGACAAGCUAAAUUUGUCAUCUAAACUCGAUAUCUCGCUCAGUAAGCAAAUUGGUUGGGCUAUACCCAUGGCUCGCUUGCACGCAGUGCAGAUAGACUGGAGAAAAUUUUUAAACUGGGACUCUAUUUCAGAUAGAGUCCAUAGUCUUAGGCAUCACUUCGAUGAAAUCGCUAUACAGGAUUUUUCGCUAAAGGAUUCUUCUAAUGGGUUCCUGCUUCAAGCGACGGCCGAGCCUUUACAAUUGCCUCCCCUGUUUGAAUGGGUGAAGCUACCUCGAAAUGCCACGUUACCUUCUAUUAACUGGGAAGUGAGAGUUCCUGACUGUAAAAACAACUUCACGAUAAACCUUCCAAGUGUCUCCUGCUCUACAGAUCCCUUGGACAUUCAAGAGACAAUCAAUGUUACAGUUUCUAGUGAUAUCGAAGGUCCUUUACCUCGUCAACUCAUCUCUCAAGUCUGCUGGUCAGAUGAAGAGAACGCCGUAACGCCAAUGACAAUGCUAUUAAACAGCGUAUUAAACGCAUCUGAACUCGUUGCUGUAGAAAUCAGAGGUAAUUCAGUGGCAGAAAAUAUUCCAGAUCACUCCAUCGUUCCGGACCAUGUUUUGCAGUCUUUCUUGCACGACGUGUCUAAUUUCCCUGUCACAACCAACAUAACAGUAAAAUCUGAUAGCUUAAUUCAAGAGGUCACAAUCGAUGCAUUGAAAGUCAGAUGGGUUAGGAGCAUAUUUGGUGAAAAGAAGCUGAGCGUCUCUGGGACGAUCAUUGGCACCAUUGCUUUACCUUUCUACAAGACGACUGAGCAAAAGCUCUCUGUUGAGUACAUAAAAGGUCAGACAAAACUUUAUCAUCAGGGUGUCCACUUUUUAGACAUUCCUAUGAGGUACUGGACGAAGGCGAAUUCAAGAAUCUAUGAGGAUGAGCAAGAAUGCACGACCAUGAUGGAGCUAUCGUUGAGUGUGCGAGACGACGAAGUGCAAAUCGUGAACAAUCUCGAACUCACCAGGAUUCUAAAUGAGGUAGUUUUCACGGGUGAAUCGCCAGUCCAUAUAGAAAGUGAACUCGACAUAAUGGUCUCGAGUCCGCUGGGGGAAAUGGUUUUGAUGGGGUUGAAAGGGAAAGGUGAUACGACUUUGAGGUCCUAG